AAUUAGCAGCAAUUAGCAGCAUGUUUGAUUCAUUAGCAGCAUUUUAGCAGCACUUUAGUAACGUUUAAACAUUUGACAGUAAUUUACAGUAGCAGAUUUCACCAAUGACUGCACUGUAUGUUGGAGAUCUGCACCCUGAAGUGACAGAACUGAUGAUUCUUAAAAGAUUCAGACCUGCAGGACCCAUUAAAUCUGUCCACAUCAGCAGGAACAGGAAGAGCGGCUACUCACUCGGCUAUGCCUAUGUCAACUUCUGCUAUAAAUACGACGCCGAGCGAGCACUGGAAAUGUUUGACUUUGAACUUCUUCUGGAGAGACCCAUGCGUGUGAUGUGGUCUCGCUUUGAACGGAUGCUGAACUGGACCAACAGGAGCAACAUCAUCAUAAAGAACUUGGACAAGUCCAUUCAGAGCGUUGACCUGUUUGACACCUUCUCAGUGUUUGGGAAGAUCGUGUCGUGCAAGGUUGUGGAAUCAAAGGGAUUUGGCUAUGUCCAAUUUGAGUCACAGGAGGCAGCUGCGUCGGCCAUCAAUCGGCUCAACGGGAUGCUGCUGAACGACCAAUACGUCACCAUUCAGUAUUUUAAGGACCGUGAUGAGCGCAAACCUGAGAACAAUACACUACAGAAACUCCAGCAACCUGUGCUGCCUCCCUGCAACAAGAACACCGUAGCUGUUGCUCCCUCUGUGGACCCUGUCCAAGCUGUCCCAGCCUUCACGACAGCUGCCUCUGUGGACACCGUCCAAGCCGACCCAGCCAUCACAACAGCUCCUUCUGAGGACCCUGUCCAAGCAGUCACUGACUUUGUGACGGCUCCCCUUGAGGACACCGUCCCAGGCUUUGAGACAGCUCCUUCUGAGGACUCCAUCCCAGUUUUUGAGAAAGCUUCCCUUGUGGACACCGUCCCAGGCAUUGAGACAGCUCCCCUUGAGGACAUCGUCCCAAUCUUUGAGACAGCUCCUUCUGUGGACUCUGUCCCAGACUUUAUAAAAGCUCCAGCUAUUGAAAGAGCCCCAGCUGAAGCUCCAGCUGCACUGUCAGACACUGCUAAAGCCACAGCUGCAGAUGUGGAGUCGUCUACAUCUGUGGCUAAUGUGGAUGAUGUGCAGCUGGACGACAGCACAAAAGAUGCACCCACAUCUACACCAAGUGGGAAACGCUUGACCAUCUAUAUGCUGGAGUCUGCGGCACUAGACGAUCAGAUUCAGAAGGCCUAUGACUACAUGCUUCCUCUGGUCAAGAAAAUCCACCCCUCUCUGGCCAGUAAGAUCACAUGGAUGCUAAUACAGGGAGAGAACAACUUCGAAAUCAUGAAUAUGAUUAGUGUUCCUGAGCUCCUGCGUGCCAAGGUACAUGAAAUGGACUCCCUACUGAAGGCACGAGAAGCUGGUCACAAGCCGGAAACCCUGAAGAUGAUGUACAGACACAAGACCAGCAGAAACAGGAAGAAGAAAAAUAAUAAGAAUAAGAGAAAUAUCUAAUAAAUAAUUAUUGUAAAUCUUCUACCAUUUGAAUAAAAAAUAAU